AACUGCAGAUGAACUUCAUUGCGAAGCAGUCCUUAUCUGCGCGCCAUUGAAAGUUAUUUAUGCAGAGCUGCACCGCAACUACAGAAGACGAGCGCGGUCGGACACAGGUUCCAUUCACCCCUCACCCACACGGGAGGCCUGGGCGAAAAAGAAUAUGGGCUGGAUGUUGCUUUUUGGACAGUGGUGAGACCGUGGCCCCAGAAUGUAUAGCAGACGCGAGCGACACGACCCUCUGAGAUAGCUCCUGCAGCCAGCAUGGAGCCUGCAGAGUGCUGCGCUCCAAUGGCCUUGGAGUCGGACAUCUACCGCAGCGUCCAGGCCGUCCUCAGAGAGUUGGACAACCAGCACGCCUCCACCAUGGUCAACAAAGGGAUGCUGAGAUGGACACUGCACAAGAAGGUGCAGAACAACCAUUUGAACAGUCUGACUCUGGUGAGAGUCCUCAUUAAGGAGCUAGAGAAGGCCGAAAGAGUUGACUCCCGGCAACACAUCAUUCCAUUGCUCCACACUCUUAUCUAUGCUGUUAUACAGUUAGCCUACAUCCCAGACGAUCUCUCCAAGAGGGUGUACGACUUCUGCAAGCACCUGCUGACCCUGCCCCAGCCCUACUGCACCGUGGGGCUGUGGUACACCCGACACAUGAAGACUGAACGCUACAGACCAGGUCUCAUGUACCAGAGGAUGGUGGUAGCUGAACAGAGCCUGAAGAAUGAAUAUUAUCCAUGUCAGGAGAGGGUGUUUGUGUUUGCGGACCCAGCCGUGUUCUCGGGGCCCCUGGGCCAGGGCCUGCGAGGGGACAUCGAGGGGCCCGGGGGCUUCCUGGGCCCGCUGGAACACAUGUGCAGCGUGGUGCAGCACGCCAUCCAGGCCUCUCUGGGAGGGGAGCGGUGUCACGGCCCCGCCCUGGCCCAGGCUCUGAAGGACAUGGGCCAGGACAUUGAGCCAUACUUCCAGGAGGUGGUGGCGUCUCUGGAGCAGAACGUGGAGGAGGGCACUAGGACCGAGGGGGGGCAGUUGAAGGACAGGCUGGAGCAGCUCUAUAAGGAGAUCCUCACAGCCUCCAGCUUAGAGCCAUUGUCCCCUGGCAGAGUGUGUGACAGCCCGCUGCCAAACCCGGAGAUGAGUUUCCACCUGUGGCAGGACGAGGAGGAUAUCUGGCGAGAGCUGGCUAAGUGCGUUCGCUCCAGCAGCAUGUCGGAGCAGUUCUCCCUCGGCCAGGACUUUGACUUCUGCGACCUUCCCAGCGACCUCACCCCCUCGGAGAUGCCCCGCCACUCCAUCAUGUCCACCGACAGCGGCAUCGAGCGGGACCUGCCCGGGGCCGACCCGACGGUGGAGCCCCCCGGUGGCCCGGGGGAGCUGGAGCAGAGCAGGCUGUCGCGGAGGGGCGGGAUCAAGAUGAGGCCCUCGGUGACGGACAGCAUGGCGCUGAUGCAGGACUCCCUGGAGGACCCGGGGACUCCCGGGGGAAGAAGGGAGGGAGGAGGGGGAGGAGAAGGGGGAGGAAGCACGCUGCAGAGGAGGGCGGGGAGCAGUGCCACCCCCUUCCCCAAGCAUCAGAAGAACUUCACGGCUCGGAUUGUGAUGAUGGGGGACGACAGGGUGCUGGGGAGGCUGGCCAAGGCCUUCUACUUCCUCAGGAAACGAGAAGCGAGGCGCCUGUUUCUUACCAUGAAAGUCAACCUCCACUUCUACUACAUCCCCGUCAACGAGGAGCCCACGUCCACUUCCUCUGGCAGAGAAAACCUUUCUCCUGCUGGGCAAAAUCCCUGUGCCGUCGGCUCCUACCUGGGAAUGGUAGACCCUUGGUACGAAUGCAACAUAAAGAGUCUGGGCUUGAUGAUCCCCAAACUUGCCAAAAUGCAGUCCAGCAGCAGCAAGCAGACGGAACCAAGUCCCUUCCUGUCCGAUGUCAUAUCCUAUUACGUCCGAACGGGGCUGCAGCCAGUGUAUUUCACCAUCUACUUUGUCAAGAUGACCUUCUCUAACCUCACUAAGGAGCCAAUGGAGGAUGUGUUCCUCUCCAACUUGGCGAUGGAGUUCCCUGAGCUUAAACUGUCCGCGGCCACUCUAAGAGACAUGACGAUCAAGCAGAGGAAAAACACUGGAGACCUGUGCGGGGCCAUCGUCUCCGUCAAUUACAGACAGGUGACGUUGAGUGGACGAGACGUGGACAGGGGCGUGUCCCUCAGGACUGUAGGAGCUCAGAUCAGCGCCAUACCUUCCAAUGAAACUGAAGAUCUGAACUGUCUGACCGUGAAUUUCUGUGAGACCAAACCAAAGCACGGCACGGAGUACAAGAUACGCACCUGUAACAUUAAAAUAAGAGCUCUUGAAAGGAGAGCCUUCUCUGUCAUCCUGGACAAGGACUCUCGUAGGACCUUCAGAGAUGUUCAAAGCAUAGAGGUCGCCCCCUGCCUUGACCCUGGGUACUGCGUCCAGAAGACUAUGAGAUCCAAGUUCAGUCUGGGAGAAGACAAGGAUGCUGGACUCAGCAAGUACAUGAACAAGGGACUCCCUCUACCUAUCAACACCUUCGCUGGGAUCAUCAACUGACACUGCCCACUUCAUCUGGGCGGGCUCAUCUGUGCAGAGACUAAGAGGUUGGGACCAUCCGUACAAUCUGGCGAUUGGUUGCUUGAUAUACCUCUGUCCUUUACUUAACCUUGAUCUUUGUGGUUCAGUGUUGUUGACGUGGACAAGGGCCACGGUAAAUCGCUUCCGCAAGUAACCCGGGCUUCUACAGAACUGAUCCAGCUCAGAGAGGCCCACCAGACUUCCGGAACAUUCUUCUUAACUGCUGAACAGUGACAAUGUGGGAAGAUCUUCAUCGUCAAAAAGGGUUUGUCAUGCCUGUGGUGUGACCAUAGUAACAUUUAAAAUGAAAAGGUAUGCUUGACUGGGUGUAUUUAUGGUGAAUGUUCUUGGAAGGAGUUACACAAAUUAAAUAUGUGGCGUGUUUGGAACUUGGCCGGAGAA